AGACGCUGGUGCGCCUGCUUGGGGCUCCUGUGCUCAGCUCAGCCUGAGCUUCCACACUCAGCGCUCAGCAAUGGCCCGGGGGCGGGGCGCGGUCCUCGCAGAUUCUCAAAGGUAGCCGGGAUCCUCGUCCAGCAGUGUCAGCUCAGGCUCAGCCUCCCCAGAGACAACACCGGGAACUUCAUCUCUCUCCUCACCCUGCUGUGACUCCACCACAGGUUUCUAGAGCCAUCUGUGCUUUCCGGGAACCUGGACCAGACUCUGGCCCAGUAGGAUGUCCCCGUGUCCCCCCCAGCAGAGCAGGAACAGGGUGAUACAGCUGUCCACUUCAGAGCUAGGAGAGAUGGAACUGACUUGGCAGGAGAUCAUGUCCAUCACCGAGCUGCAGGGUCUAAAUGCUCCAAGUGAGCCAUCAUUUGAGCCCCAAGCCCCAGCUCCAUACCUUGGACCUCCACCACCCACAACUUACUGCCCCUGCUCAAUCCACCCAGAUUCUGGCUUCCCACUUCCUCCACCACCUUAUGAGCUCCCAGCAUCCACAUCCCAUGUCCCAGAUCCCCCAUACUCCUAUGGCAACAUGGCCAUACCAGUCUCCAAGCCACUGAGCCUCUCAGGCCUGCUCAGUGAGCCGCUCCAAGACCCCUUAGCCCUCCUGGACAUUGGGCUGCCAGCAGGGCCACCUAAGCCCCAAGAAGACCCAGAAUCCGACUCAGGAUUAUCCCUCAACUAUAGCGAUGCUGAAUCUCUCGAGCUGGAGGGGACAGAGGCUGGUCGGCGGCGCAGCGAGUAUGUAGAGAUGUACCCAGUGGAGUACCCCUACUCACUCAUGCCCAACUCCUUGGCCCACUCCAACUAUACCUUGCCAGCUGCUGAGACCCCCUUGGCCUUAGAGCCCUCCUCAGGCCCUGUGCGGGCUAAGCCCACUGCACGGGGGGAGGCAGGGAGUCGGGAUGAACGUCGGGCCUUGGCCAUGAAGAUUCCUUUUCCUACGGACAAGAUUGUCAACUUGCCGGUAGAUGACUUUAAUGAGCUAUUGGCAAGGUACCCGCUGACAGAGAGCCAGCUAGCGCUAGUCCGGGACAUCCGACGACGGGGCAAAAACAAGGUGGCAGCCCAGAACUGCCGCAAGAGGAAGCUGGAAACCAUUGUGCAGCUGGAGCGGGAGCUGGAGCGGCUGACCAAUGAACGGGAGCGGCUUCUCAGGGCCCGCGGGGAGGCAGACCGGACCCUGGAGGUCAUGCGCCAACAGCUGACAGAGCUGUACCGUGACAUUUUCCAGCACCUUCGGGAUGAAUCAGGCAACAGCUACUCUCCUGAAGAGUACGCGCUGCAACAGGCUGCCGAUGGGACCAUCUUCCUAGUGCCCCGGGGGACCAAGAUGGAGGCCACAGACUGAGCUGGCCCAGAGGGGUGGAACUGGUGAUGGGAUUUCCUUCAUUGCCUUCUGAUAAAGGUACUCCCCAACCCUGAGUCCCAGAAGGAGCUGAGUUCUCUAGACCAGAAGAGGAUGACAAUGGCAACAAGUGUUUGGAAGUUCCAAGGUGUGUUCAAAGAGGCUUGCCUUGAGGGAGGGCUGGAAUCUGUCUUCCCUGACUCGGCUCCUCAGGUCUUCAGCCUCCACCUUGUCUAAGCUUUGGUCUAUAAAGUGCGCUACAGAAA